GCGGCGAUGAGAUUUCGCUUUCAUUUGCUCGGCUGUGCCAGUGUUCUGCUGGACGGAGGCGCGCGGCGCGGCUGCUGUGUUUUGGUGGUCGACAUUGUUGAGAAGAGCGCGUGCUCUUUCACUGGAUUACGUCAUAAAAGGCGCUAAAGCGCUGCUGUUUCAUCAUCCUGCCGCUAGAGGCGUCGAGCUCCACAGCGCCGCUAUUCAUCAUCCUACCGCUAGGGGCGCUGCAGCACAGGCGUCGCGCGCUCCUCUCGCCGUCCUCACGGCAUUCCACAGCUGAUGGACUCCGAGGGAUGAGAGAGGGAUGCUAAGGAAAUGUUUUCCUUCAGCGCGGAAAACGGGCUGCCGUUCACCCCAGCAGACAGCAGAAUGUGACUGAAAUCCCGCGGGGGAAGACCGUCGAGCAGGUGAUGCCAGUAGAGCGGUAUGGACAGAUAUCAGUGGUUACAGUGGCUGAAAUGGUACAUCUUAGGAUUUUAAGCCGCUGAAAUUGAAAGUAAACAUCUGCUAACUGCAUCAAUAUAUAUUGAAGAAGGACUCCACUUUUGACCUUUAGACCACGUCACGCCUGCCAUCAAUAUGUCGGGUUAAGAAAGUCUGAAGUCUUCGAUCUCUGACACCGCAGUGAGUGUUUCCCCAGAAGAACAGGCUUUAGUUUUGCCGGACCGCUGAAGAGGCUUUCGUCAAAAUGUUUACCGCUCUGAAGAAGCUGGUGGGCUCUGAAGCCGGGCAGCUCAGGGAUAGAAAUAUUCCCGCAGGCCUGCAGUCCAUGAACCAGAGUCUACAGAGGCGUUUCGCCAAGGGCGUACAAUACAACAUGAAAAUAGUCAUCCGUGGGGACAGAAACACAGGUAAAAGUGCACUUUGGCACCGGCUUCAAGGGAAAAAGUUUCUGGAAGAGUACAUCCCCACGCAGGAGAUCCAGGUCACCAGCAUUCACUGGAACUACAAAACAACAGAUGAUGUAGUGAAAGUUGAAGUCUGGGAUGUGGUAGAUAAAGGGAAAGGGAAAAGACGAGGAGAGAAUCUGAAAUUGGAAAAUGAACCUCAGGAGUCGGAGACAGAGAUGGCUCUGGACGCAGAGUUCCUGGAUGUUUAUAAGAACUGUAACGGCGUGAUCAUGAUGUUCGACAUCACCAAACAGUGGACGUUCAACUACAUCCUUAGGGAGUUGCCAAAAGUCCCCACACACAUCCCAGUGUGUGUUUUAGGUAACCAGCGGGACAUGGGCGAGCACAGGGUCAUCUUACCCGACGACAUCAGAGACUUCAUCAACAGUCUGAACAGACCGCCGGGCUCCUCCUACAUACACUAUGCAGAGUCCUCCAUGAAAAACGGCUUUGGUCUCAAAUACCUCCAUCGCUUCUUCAACAUCCCUUUCCUGCAGCUGCAGAGGGAGACUCUGUUACGGCAACUGGAGACCAAUCAGCUUGACAUCGAUGCCACGUUAGAAGAGCUCAGUGUUCAGCAGGAGACCGAGGAUCAGAACUAUGACAUAUUUCUUGAGAUGAUGGAGGCACGCAAAGCUUACGGCUCUCCGGCGCCCUCUAAUGGCCAGAGCCCGUCCUCAGGCUCCCAGUCUCCUGUGGUGCUGCCGGGGGCCGCCUCUCCCAGUAACUCCAGCCCCAGCACCCCACAGGCCCCCGUCCCGCUCCAGACACAGUCCGCCCCUCCGCAGCCGCCAUCUAUACCCCACCCUCCCGCCCAGACCGCAGCCGCCCAAGUACCCCAGACACCAUCACAAACCCUGGAGCCUUCGCCCGUGGCUCCGGUAGCAGCUCCUCCUCCUGCCCAGAAACGAGGCUUUAUCUCACGACUGUUCGGAUCGUCCGCUGCAGAGACGUCAGCAGACAGACCAGAAUCUACAGGCUCUGAAGACCCCAAGCCCUCUGGAAAGGUGCAGAGUGUAGAUGACUUUGUGCCGGAGAUGGGCCUGGACCGGACCUUUCUGGAGGAAGGUGGAGCAGCAAUUAAAUCAAAGAACAAACCUCGAACAUCAGCUCCCAUCCUGGACAGUGAUAGUGAUGGAGAAGGUCGGGGAAAUCCUCUGGUCUCCGGUUUCCAGGAUGAUUUAGAUCCUGAUGACAGAGCGCUGUCUCAUUCUGCCGUUAAAGCGGCGGUCGCGAGCGUGGGCGUCACCCUCACGAGUGACGAAGAGGAGGAAGAUUCAUCUCUGCCCUCUGCUGCCCAGCACAAAGGCAUCGGCUCGGGCCCAAACUCAAAGGGAGCUACAGUGAAUUCCGUCAAACAGCUGCAAACCAAGUCUAAAGCAGCUGAGAGACCCCAAAGCCUGAAAACCCCAGCAGGACCUGCGGUGCAAGGUCUGAAGACGGGGGGCGCUGUGGAGGCUGACUCCGAGUCAGACCAGGAGGCUCCCGUCGCUCAGCAGAUGCUUUCGUUCGUCUUGGAUGACCCUGAUUUUGAGAACGAAGAGUUUGAAGCACCCAAGAUCAAGAAGGGCACUUUUUCUGCACGAGAUGACUUAUCGGACCGGUCAGAUGAUGGGUUUGUAUUAGCUGGUCUUCCAGAGCCCCCCAAACCUGCUGCCACCUCAUUUAGGACCCUCAACAGUGACAUUGACCUGUUCGGCCUGGGAUUUGAAGAGACAACACCUAAGAGUAAAGACAGCAGUGAAGACCAGGAAGAUAAUGAAAGCAGACACUCGGCAAAGGACAAGAAAAAGAAGAAAAAGAAAAGCAAAGAGGAGGACGAGAAAAGCAGCAAGAAACGACACAAGCACAAGAAGAAGGAAAAAGAUGAGGCGGGAACAGGAGACGAGAAAGAAAAGAAGAAGAAGAAAUCUUCACGGACCAAGAAAGCAGGAACUGUGGACGAUCUCGAGGCCUUCCUGGCAGGUGGAGACGGACCAGGAAACAGCGAGGGCGGAGACUAUGAGGAACUCUAACCAAUCAGGGUUUGACAUCCGUGUGACAUCGCCAGGUCAUUUUCCAAUCCAUUCCACCUGUUUUUCAGUGCCUAACCUUUCGAAUUCUCACAGCGUUUUUGUUCUUCCAGCAUUGCAGCUUUAUAAAUUGGUACAUGACACCGUUUUUCACCUCAUGCCGUUUUCCAGUAUUUUCAGACACGUAACUUUUAGAUGCGUUUUUCAAACGAACCAGAGUUUAUUCCGUUAGUAACUGAUCACAAGUCGUUCCACAAAGACUUGAGGAAAUUUUAUCUUCAUUGGUUUUGUUUCGCGUGUGUCUUUGUUACCGUGUGUCCCCGAACAUUUUGGCAACUCCCCGUGUGCUUGCUUUUUUAUUUAUUCUUUAAACACGCAGACGUACGUUCAGAUCCACGUGACGCACGUAACCCACGAGCCGAGCUGAUUUCUGUGUCAAACAUUCGAGAGAACUUUUCACAUUUAAUUAAACAUUUCCGCUUGAGUUUACAAACCAUUCUCGUGAUAGUUGUCUAUUGCAAUUCUAUCCAACAACGUAAGAGUGGCUUUCAUAACAGUUUCCACAGAAAUUCAUUCCUCUUGUGUUUCGCGAACGAUAUCAUGCAUCAAACCUAAGAAAAAUAAUCAGUCGUAACUAGAUUUAAUACCAUAAGCCUCUUUCGCCGUCGGUUUCUUUCCGUUAAUGCCUUAAAUUGUUUUACACUUAACGAAAUGAAAGCAUUUACGGAGCAAUCCUAUAAAGUCAAUUAAUGACCGAGGCUCUUGACAGACUGCUAAGGUUGACAGAAUUACUUUUGAGCUGGUGAGGCACACUUUUGCAGCAAUCGCAAUUACGCUUGCAAUUAGAUUUAUAAUUAUGCUAACGUUAGUCAGAUUGGCGACUAUUUAUGCAGCUCUUAAACCAGUGUUAUUAUUUAUGAUCUUAAAAUAGUUUCUGGCUCCUCUCAUGGUUCGUUCGUUACGUCCUGUCUGGUAAAUGCGUUCAUUUCCUUUGCCGUAUCUUUAUUUUUGUUAAGGCAUGCGUACGUGUUAGUAGUUGUGUUCAGAUCUCGUGUUUUAGAUAGUCGGGUCCGUACACUCCAGAUAAUCUCAGAGAUGAACGUCGUCUCCGAUGCUGUGAUUUUGAGGCACCUUGAAGGUCCUUCAUGUAUAGCCGACAUAUUCAGAGCCUGACCGUGUAUAGAAAUGAGAAAACUUCAUACAUUUUAGCAACAACCCGAAUCGGUGAAUGCAGCUGAACGGAGCUGAUCUAAAAAAAAAAAUUAGGCAAAUAUUUUCCCUCGUGGUUAUGCUUGGUUUGGUGGCCUAAAAAAAAGGAAGUCGCGGUUUAGUAAAGAUAAGAAAUAAACACAUUUUUAAAAAAAAAAGUAAAAUGAUAUUUUCAACGCACACAUUUAUACUUUGUAAUAUCAGCAAAAAAUGUAAUAAUAUUUUGGCUUGAUGUGAUCCAUUGAUAUUUUGAUGAAUGGAAAUGAUUUAGACGACUGAUUGUUCACUCGUCUUUCAUGACGGGCAUCAUUCAUGAUUCUUGUUUUCUGUGAUGGUUGCAUCAGAAUGAAAAUGAAAUGACCGUUUACUGUACUCAAAUGAUUCAUUCUCAUCGUGUUUCGUGAACGCAUCCAACGCACCAAAUGAUUCAGUGACCGUUAUUUUUAGUUUUACCAAUGAUUAUUUGUAUUUAAUGAACGAAUAUAGUGUUUACUUGCAAUGCCCCCUUUAUGCUUUUUCAUUAGCAUUUAUCGCAUAAUGAUAAAUCAGUUGUCGCAUCGAAUGGAUUUACCAAUGAUUCACUUGUGUGUCAUAAAUGAAUCCCAUUGUUUACACGCAAUGAACUGCGGUGUCGAGGAAUCUGAUUGGCUCCAGCUUAAGUGGAAGAAUGACAUCAUCCAUAGUCUUGUGCACUUCAAACCUCAUUUCACAUGGAUUUUCUAUUUUUCAGUUGUUAUUAUUAUUGGGAGAAAAUGACAAUGUGCUCUCCACCUACCAUAAGAAGGACUUGUUUUGGGUUUGAACAUUCUCCUUAAACUUUGAACUUGAAACCUUUGAACUUCGGUUUGUUUUCGGGUCCGAGAUAUCCACCCAUCCUUUUGUAGAGAGUCCCGCUCCGGCUUUCCUCCAGGAUACGCCGUCAACCUGUUGACUACUGAAUGUUGAUACCUGCUCGUGAAGGAAUUCGAGGACCUCGCCGUGGGUGACUAAGCGGUAACUAACGGUACGUUUAAAGAAGUGCAGAUUCCCGCGUGUCUCCUGCGUCUCCGAGGUGGCCGCGGAUGGAUCCGAGAGCGUGAUGCAUCACGCUGUCACCAUGGAAGCACACGCCUGGGAAAACCGCCUCUACACACUCACUGUGAUAAAUAGUCACGCUCUCAACUGUUAAUACUCUCACCCCAAACCAGCAGAAGCGCGCUCCUCGAACACACAUCAGCUCCCUCGAUUUAUUUAUUUGUCUGUUCGUUUGGCACGGAUAUUUUCCCCAACGUUCGAGAGAAGGAGACGAAAUGAAUGCAUCGGUGCUGCACUCGCUCUCUCUGGCUGAUGGACUGCAUGCAAUUACCAACAUACUGUACUUCCUGCACAGCGUCUCACGAUGAGUUAUUUCAUGGAGCAUAAAUGUUUGGGAACGCUAUUUUUAAGCCGUAUAUCGGUUUUAUUUUAUCCAUACAGCAUAUAUGCAUUCCAAAGCCUUUGUUUGGGACCAUAAAUGAUUGUGUUUACCUAUUUAUUGUUUUUGUUACCCUGUUUCACUACCCUUAGUAUAUUAUCAAUAUUUGAUUUACGUGUUUCAAUUGUGUAAUAAAUGCAAGAGAAAUUUGA